UAUCCGGCCUGUUGCAUGGUGGUGAUAUUUAUCAUCUCGGUGGAACCUCCAGAAGAUGGAUCAGCAUAUAUGAUGUCUGCUGGGAGUCGAACUUCACGUCAAGUUACCAUCAUAUUUGGGGAGAAACCAGUCGCUUCAUGCGGUGUUGCUCGACCGUUGACCUCCUAAAAGUCCAGCUGAAUCUGCUCUUAAAGCACGGCACGGCAGAGUGCCCACUCGUGGUCAUCUUGGACUCGCUUGACCAGCUGGACACCUCUCACAAUGGCCGCUCUUUGAUGUGGCUCCCGGCCUCCCAGCCGCCUCACUGUAAGAUUAUCGUGUCAUCACUUCCGGAGGAGAAUUACGAGACGUUUCCGGUCCUCAAGAAAUUAUUUCCUGACGAGGAUAGGUACAUACAUGUCCCGGAACUAGAUCAGAGGGAUGCACACAACAUUGUGGCAUUGUGGGCGCAGAAACGGAACCGGACGUUGACUCAGACCCAGAUGGAACUGCUGCUGACCACAUUCCGGAAGUGCCCGACACUGCUGUUCUUAAAGCAAAUAACGGAAUCACCGAGGCGGAGCUUGAUGACGUGUUGUCUUGCGAUGAUGACAUAUUGAAUGACGUCUUCACCUACUGGACACCGCCCAUGCGCAGACUGCCCCCUCUACUUCUCGUGCUAAUACGGACGGACAUCGACCAAUAUAUCGUUGAGCGCGGUGCAGACGGUGCGUGCGUGUUGAACUGGUACCACCGUCAAUUUACGGAAAAGUGCGCACGGGCUCUACUGCGCAGACGAAGCGAAGAACAAGCGUCUCCAUGGCAACCUAGCUGAUUUCUUCGCGGGAGCCUGGGAAAAUG